CAGCGUUGAACACACGCUGACACACAACUUGGCUUCAACUCGUCCUGUACAGAACGCAGCAGUAACCAUGCAGACUUUCCUACCUGUGCUGGUUACAUUGGGAUUAGUGGUGCUUCAGUUCACUCAGGGUGAAGUUGCAAAACCUGACCCAGAUGAAGACGUUCUUGGAGAAGCAAUAGCUGAUGGUUUUAUAGUGAAUGUCAAAGGGACAACGUUGUCGGUCAAAAAUAAACAAUUACUCGUGGCAGCCACUACCCCUAACAGCCUAAACCCAGAAGGAAAAACAUCCCAGUCCCCACAGGAGGACAGUGUGACAAGAGUAAAGGUGCCUGAAGUGACAACAGUAGGCCUUGAGGUCAGUGCAAGACCUACCGAAGAAGUUUCAAAGAUUGAGAAACCUGAGACUUCACUCUCUAUGAUCUUUAACCAAGGCACAACAAAGCUCCCCACCAAUGAGAACAAUGAAGGCACCACUGCACAGACGGCCUCCCCUGAGCUCGGGGUCACUGAGAUAAAACUCACAACUGAAGAAACCAUCAAUGAGAAUAUGAACAUAGAAGGUUCAGGCAUGCUUUUAGAGUUUCUCCCUGAAAAGCUGCAUGAGAAUUCCCCCCCUUCAAACAGUAUCGGCACUCGUGUGGGGGGCUUGCCCACCAGUACUCGUUUGAUCUGGCCCACUGAAUCGGAGGAUGGGUCUGGGAUGGAAUCUCAAGGUACCACCUCAGAUGGGCUCACUACAACCCCUAAGACAACCAUUAUACUUGAAAUUAUUGAAGAGAAAGUUUCAGAGACACAUUUACAUGCUAAAGCACCUUCCCACCACAAUAGCCAAAAAUUUGAUAAUUUACCUAAAAAUCCAGGACCCACAACAUCUGCCCGGGCAGAAGAGGGCACACCUGCCUGGUUGAUUAUCUUUGCAUUCUGCCUGACUCUCGGCGCCAUUCUCUGUGUGUUUGCUGGGAUCGCUACCAAAGACAUGUGGUAUGGGCCAAGUAGGCCGAGCCUGAACAUGACAACACAGGACAGCAAUGAGGAAUACGGCAAAUCAGCAACUCUUCCACUGUCAGAGAAGGAGCAGGAGCUGGUGACACUCAUGAACCCAGAAAAGGGACAGAAAAAUGAUAAAGACUUUACAGUCAUCUCUCUGGAAGAAGCUCCUGAGAAGGAAUAUCUAAUGUAGUGCUGAUGAGACUGAAACGAAAGCGUUGGGUCUUAACUGACAUGUAGAAUAUCCCAAAAACAAAGCCAAAGAGUUCAACUGACCUUUGUUUCGUCAUAUUCUGUGCAGUGUUCAGGCCUCUGAUACAGCACAACAGUUAGUGUCAAUGCACGUGUCUGAUAGUGAUCUUUACUCCUCACUUUACAGACAGAACACAGUAAUGAAAUGUUCACAUUUUCAUUUGCAGCCUUUGUUUUAAUCACAAGCUUGAAGUUUUACUUCUUUUUUGCUUUUUCGAUCAAACUCAAAGAAACACUUUGGUAACACUUUACUGUAGGCUACAUGACGCCUACACAAGCUUGUCAUGACAACUAACACAACUCUACAUAAAUAUUUAAUCAGGUGUUUUCCAAUAAGUGUCAUUUGGGAGAAAGGCUAUAUUUGCCAAUUUUGAUCAAAGUUAGCCUUUAUGGCAGAUGACCUCUGUAUGAAAGAGCAUUUAUAAACAUUCAUAUAUGUUGACAUGACUAGCUUGUGUAGGUGUCAUGUGGCCUUAUGAACAGCACUUUAUAGUAAAGUGUUACAGAAAGUUUAAUCUAAUUUCAAAACUACAACUUAAGCAUUAGUUCACUGUUAUUUAAAGCUGUUGUAAAUAUCUAUCUGUAAGUACUAUGUACUGUGUGAUAUAUGAUGCCUUUCAGAUGAUCAAGAAAUGCAGCCAACAACAGAAUGAUUCAAUGCUAAUGUCACUUGACGUGAAUAAUACACAAAAGUUUGCACGCUUCUGGUCAAAUUUCAGGUUAACUCAUUUGAGGCCAAAGAUGCUAAAGAAAUGGCACAAUUUAUACUUCAUGUUUUGUUUUUUCCUGUACAUUAAAUAUUUAAAACAUUGCCAUAUUUUAGCUUGCCUGUAGAGGAUAUUCUAACUUAUUAAUCAACAAAACAUGUCAUUUGACCAGGGAUGCUCAAACUUUUACAUAUAAUUGUAUGUUUAAAUUGUGCCUAUUUUGUUUUGGGAAUUGAAGACAAGGUUAAAUGGUAAAAGGGACUGUGUCUAUUAAUAUUAAACACACACACACACACACACACACACACACACACACACACACACAUGAAUGGAUGCACAAACAUUAUUCAAAUGUUUGGAAUCACUUUUAUGUAUUAAAUAAAGCUUGUUGUUGUUUUAUGUACAGUAAUAUCAAUACCAAAUACAAUUCAGAUAUACUCUGAGCAAGACAUCAAA